UAUUUUUCUGUAACUGGCGAUACUUUCUAUGAAUGACACAUUUUUCUUGGCCGUAUCUUCAAGAAAAUAAAUUUCGAUAAUGGUGGACCGUUUAGUGAACAGUGAGGCCAAUGCUCGAAGAAUUGCUAUGGUUGAGAGCUGCUUCGGCAGUUCUGGACAGCCUCUGGCGGAGCAAGGAAGGGUUCUUGUGGGAGAGGGUGUCCUGACAAAAAUGUGUCGCAAGAAACCAAAAGCAAGACAAUUCUUUUUGUUUAAUGACAUCCUCGUGUAUGGCAACAUUGUUAUAAACAAGAAGAAAUAUAACAAACAACAUGUUAUUCCACUAGAGGAGGUCAAGUUGGAGUCUUUAAAGGACGAAGGACUUGUUUCAGAGUACCGCAACGGCUGGCUAAUCCGCACUGCUUCAAAGUCCUUCGCCGUAUACGCUGCGACGUCCACCGAGAAAGAAGAAUGGAUGGCACACAUAGAAAAAUGUAUAGAGGAUUUGCUAAGGAAAAGUGGCAAACAACCGCCUUCAGAGCACGCGGCUGUCUGGGUGCCAGAUAAUGAAGCGGCAAUAUGUAUGCACUGCAAGAAGACACAGUUCACUGUUCUCAACAGGAGGCACCACUGCCGCAAGUGCGGGUCUGUAGUGUGCGGGCCGUGUUCGUCCAAGCGCUACAUCCUGCGCGGGCAGAGCGACAAGCCGCUGCGCGUGUGCCUGCAGUGCUUCGACGAGCUCAACCGCGAGCGCGCGCGCCCGCCCACGCAGCCCACACCGGCUAACAUCACGCCUGUUAAAAUGGACACCGCUGGUUCGGGUGGCGACUCUUCAGGUGAUGAAGACAGUGACGACGAUGAUGAUCGUGUCACCGCUGAGGAAAAACACGAUGAGCCAAAGUUCUAUGGUGACAGCGAUAAGACUGAAGAGACCAACAAUCAUUCGUCCAAGGAUUCCGCAAAGUGAAAAUCUAAUUCAAGAGACCACUGUCCAUCACAGGUUUAACAAUAAAAAUAUACAAUUUAUUAAUAUUUAACUAAUAUUAAUCAAUAAAUACUUUAAACAAACUGCAUGCGUUCUACGCCCUUCAAACGUCCCUGUGUAUAUUUUUAUUAGACACACUUUUCGGGAUCAAUUUUAAUUAGAUUUGUCAAUACUGUGAUGUUUUUCGAAUUUCUUAUGAAUGGAACUCAUGCAGUUUACUGAUUACUGACUGUUUACUAAUUCAGAUAACUUGUACAGUUGAUAAGUGCUACAUGACAUCAUUUAUAUAAGGGUUCCAAAAUAUUUCAUGAGUAAAUGUUGUAAUGUGUCUUCUGCCCAUAGCGCCUAACAACUAAGUAUGGUUAAUUAAUAAUAACUGCAUUUAUUAUGUGAUGAAUGUACAACUAUCUGAAGUAAGCUGACUCGAUUUGGUCAAUAAAUUAUACAAAAAUACUCGAGUGUAGCACUUUCACCUGUAUAGAGUUGUCCGAGUCCUUAUACCACUGUAUAAAUAUUCAAUUAGUUACGUUCGUCCUAUUUAAAAGCGACGCGUCUCGACCCAGUAUUCGGUUUCUACAAUGGACGGUCUCCCUAUUUUACCACAAUGGCCUUCAAAAUUUUUUUACAUUAGAAAGUUUGCUAGAUUAAAAAAUCCUUUAUAGUGGAUUAUUUUAGUAAAUCGUAACCUUUUAUACAAAUUGUUCGCGACCGACGUUUAGGGUCGCUGUAAUAUGAUUUUGAUAAUGAAUAAAAUUACUUGAUGUUUCGCUGGACAUCCCACAGCUUUAAAGCCGCUCAAAAGUUAACUGAGAUGGAGUUUUUUGUUUAGAGUUAAAUCAUAUUUAUUAUUUGAUAAUAAGACAUCAUGGUUAUAAGACGUUUUUAACAAUAUUUAGGCUUAGUCAUGUUAUGUCAACAUAUUAAUAUUUUACAUAUGUUAUGUUAAGCUUAUCAUAUUGUAAACUUUAUCACGGUUUAUAUUUGCUAUUUUUGGGUACUGCCGCUGUUAAAAGAGAAGCAAGGAUUCAAUAUCUGUUUAACCGUUUUUUGAUUGAUUUUAGUGAUCACAAUAAUUAUAAUUGUUGUUUAAUUUACUCUUACAACUUUGCAAUAUUAAACCUUUAUCUGCAACCUAAUUCGCCGUUUAAAAUGCCCCAUCGAAUUCAAAGUUCUGCUCCUCGUUUCAUUCCAGCGGUAUGCAUUGUGUUAUCACAUAAAGUUUGAUACAAUAAAUACUUCGAAAUGUAAAGAAUUUACAUUUUGUCAUUAUGUAACAAUGUAAAAAAAGCUAUUAGUAAUUAUAUUCUUUUUUUAAGUUAUAAAACGCUAAAUAAUAACGUCCGAUCAUUACUUGUGGUGUUACAUCGUAGUUUAAGCUAACUACAUUAAAACAAGGCCUAAAAUUAUUUUACUAAAGUGAAAUUAAUGUUUUUUGGCAUAUUUUUUAAGGCUUUUACUUUCGCAUGUUGCAUAUUUUGAAAAGACAUGAAAUGAUUUCUAGAAAUGAACUGAAGUCAGUUAAAACAAAAGGAAACAGAUGCUUAAACAUUCAUUUUUGCUUUUAUAUUUAUGUGAUUAAAGACGAGCAUGAAGAAUAAAUAUGUACUUUAAUUUUCAUGAUUUUUUUACAUUUCCCUUUGAAGGCGACACAAGUUGCCGGAAGACCAAACGAAGUUUGUAAAUUUUUAGCACCUCUGUCUGUCUUUUGUAAGUGUGGCGAUAGUCGUUAUGUGACUAACUUGCGUUUCCUCGUACAUAAAGGGUCUUAUUUAAUCGUCUUUAUUCACAUAUUCUAUCCAACGAAAUUCUUUCAAAGUCAUUGCUAUUAUAUUUUUAGGUAGCAUCACAUUUCAUUCAUCAAUUGUAUACAAUCCAGAAUAAUUUUAGAUUUGUAUGUAUAUUAGAGUUCUAGGUAUUAAGAGGUGCAUUAUGUUUGUUUCAAUAUGAAACUCAGUUUUUAAGUUUAGGUAUUUAAUACGAAGCUUGCAACACCAUCUGUAAUGUAGAGAGUUCGUAAGAAUUUAUUUAUUAAUUUAACUUAGGCCUAAAUGUUGAAGAUUUACACAAGUUGUGUUAAUUCCCGUACUACUGGUAAGUGAAAAUUAUGUUAAUAAGAUAUUGUUUAAUUUUCAGUUGACAAAUAUAAUAUUUUUUAAAAUGA